UGAUUUAAAUUACAUGCAUUUAUAAUUUCUUCAAUUCUUCUGGCAUUUUGCAUAGGAUAAAAUUGUUUUUGUGUCGUAAACUCCAUGUCAAAGUGUUAUGUAAGAAGGCUGUCAACAGACUCACGUUCCUCUUCGGUCGAAUAAAAUUUACAUUUUACCUCAUCCUACCUAUAUUUAAAGAUGGCAGACAAGGCAGUGUCGACGGCCAGCAAGCCUAUGAUGCGAGGACUCCUCAACUCUCAGAUCAAACGCAACCUCACCAUCUCUCUGGUGCUCGCCGGUAUCUCUGGCUUCGCCUUCAAGCAGAUCGUUGGCAAUGAGCGCAAGAGGAAGUACGCUGAAUUCUACAGGACGUACGAUGCUGAGAAGGAAUUCGAAGAGAUGAAGAAGAAGGGUCUAUUCCAAUCCUGCUAAGCAAGAACAGUCCUAGAGUAGUAUUAAUUUUAUUUCGCUGUGAAAAUGAUUUAAUUAUAAAUAAAAUUAUAUUGUAAAAUAUA